AUGCAGGUCGUACAGGACAAGGACGAGUCAUUGCAGGAAUACUUGGCUAGGUUCAGCCGGGCAAUUCUCGGCAUAAGAGACCUGCAAAUGUCCGCAUUGGUUACCGCCUUGAUGAAUGGAACGCAAAUCCGGGCCUUUAAGAUGUCACUCUCAAAGAACCCCCCAGAAUCGAUGCACGACCUAUUGAGGAAGGGGGACAAGUAUGUCGAUGCAGAGGAAGCAGAGAAGAUAACUAAAAAUCUCAGGGAUGGAAGGGAAGCGGAAGUUCAUAAGUGGAAAACAUAUGACGAGCAAAGGCACACUGAUAAGAACAAGCCGAAGAAUGAACGCAUAAACAAGGGAUAUGCCCAAGAUCGGCCGGUCAAACAGAAGCGAGAGGAGGUCAAGACACCCACCCCUUUGACCAUUCCACGUACAAAGUUAUUGAUGGAGAUACAACACAUGAGAGAGCUCGAAUGGCCUAAACCGAUGCUAACUCCUUCCGGCAAGAGAAAUCAAAGUAAAUAUUGCCAUUUUCAUAGAGAUCACGGGCAUGAUACCGAAGAAUGCCUACAGUUAAAGGAAGAAAUUGAGCGCCUACUAAGAAGGGGACUAUUGGCUAAGUAUGUGAAAAAUGACAAGGGCAAGCAAAGGCUCGAAGGUCUACCCCCAUCGAGGGCAGGAGUGAUAAACAUGAUCAUCGGAGGAAUAACAUCAGGCGGCGACUCAAAUUCGGCUAGAAAGAGCUAUGCGCGUUCUAGCAUUACUUUCGAUCAAGAGGACUUGAUUGGUAUAACGCACCCCUAUGAUGACGCCUUAGUAAUAGUAGGCGACAUAGCGGAUUUUGACGUGAAAAGGGUGUUAAUCGACGGAGGAAGUGCGGGAAAUGUCCUCACCUGGGAUGCCUUCUUGGGUCUAAAAGUUCCCCAAGAGAAGUUGAAGAUGGUGACUACCCCCCUACAAGGCUUUGAAGGGGGUAACAGUGAUACCGGAGGGGACUGUGGAACUUUCAGUCACACUGGGGACAUAUCCAGCAACAGUGGUCAUCAUGACUAA